UCCACGGUGAAGUAGUAAAGGACCCAUUCACUCGACCAUGGCGUGGAAUGCCUUCAAGCUUCUCUUUCCAUUUUUCCUAGUUAGCUUCUUCCUCAGUUUUGCUACCACAGAAGCACAGACCCCAACCCUUCUAGAUAAGAGUUGUUCGAGCAACAAAACCACAGCUAACAGCGCCUUUCAAUUGAACCUCAGGACCCUCUUCUCUUCACUAUCUUCCAAAGCCACAGCCAACAAUGAAUUCGACAACACCACAGUCGCAGGAACCAACCCCUCAGACACAGUCUACGGACUAUUCAUGUGCAGGGGUGAUGUCUCUUCUCAACAGUGUGGACAGUGCGUGGUCUACGCAACACAACAACUAUCAUCGCUCCCAGAUUGUUCCUUGUCCAUACAGGCUGUGAUCUGGUACGACGAGUGCAUGGUUCGCUAUUCCAACCGCUCUUUCUUCUCCACCGUCGUCCAAGCACCUGAAAUUGCCCUCUUUAAUUCCAACAACAUCUCUAAUCCGGAAAGCUUCAUGAGUUUGUUGUUCAACACCAUGAACAAAACAGCAGAUAAAGCCGCUAAUUCUCCUGUUGGUUUUAAGAAAUACGCCACAAACCAAGCAAACAUAUCUCAGUUUCAAUCGCUUUAUUGUUUGAGUCAGUGCACAGACGACUUGUCAACCCAAGAUUGCAGAAGGUGUCUUGGUACUUGCAUAAGGGGCCUUUCACGGUGCUGUGAAGGGAAGCAAGGAGCGAGGAUUCUAGCUCCAAGUUGUAACAUUAGGUAUGAAUUGUAUCCUUUUUAUCUCUCCAACACCACUGCUCCACCAUCAGCCCCACCUUCAGCCCCUGUUCCUCCAACCAAUCCUCCUAAUUCUGGAGGAAGUAGUGGAGUCUCAUCUGGAAAAAUUGUUGCAAUUGUGGUUCCAAUUACGGUGGCUGUGCUGCUAUUUAUCGUGGCCAUUUGUUUCUUAAGUAAGAGAGCAGCAAAGAAGCGUGGCUCUGCUGUAAAAGACCCAAAAACUGGAACUGAGAUCAGCGCUGUGGAAUCAUUGAGGUUUGGUUUUAGUACAAUUGAGGCAGCCACUAACAAAUUCUCUGAUGCUAACAAGCUGGGUGAAGGUGGAUUUGGUGAGGUUUACAAGGGCUUGCUUCGAAAUGGACAAGAAAUAGCUGUCAAGAGACUCUCUAAAAGCUCUGGACAAGGUGGGGAAGAAUUUAAGAAUGAAGUAGAGGUGGUUGCAAAGCUUCAACAUAGAAAUUUAGUGAGGCUUCUGGGAUUUUGCUUGGAAGGAGAAGAGAAGAUACUUGUUUAUGAAUUUGUACCCAACAAAAGCCUUGACUAUAUUAUUUUUGAUCCUGAAAAGCGAAGGGCAUUGGAUUGGUCAAGGAGUUACAAAGUUAUUGAAGGAAUUGCCCGAGGCAUUCAAUAUCUUCACGAAGAUUCAAGGCUUAAAAUUAUACAUCGUGAUCUUAAAGCUAGCAACAUAUUAUUGGAUGAAGAUAUGAAUCCAAAAAUUUCAGAUUUUGGCAUGGCAAGAAUAUUUGGAGUGGACCAAACUCAAGGAAAUACCAAUAGGAUCGUAGGGACAUAUGGUUAUAUGUCUCCGGAGUAUGCAAUGCAUGGAGAGUACUCUGCGAAGUCUGAUGUAUACAGUUUCGGAGUCCUUAUAUUGGAGAUUAUAAGCGGCAAGAAGAACAGCUCCUUCUAUGAAUCAGAUGUUGCUGAGGAUCUAUUGAGCUAUGCCUGGAAACUUUGGAAGGAUGGAGUACCCUUGGAGUUAAUGGAAUACUCGUUAAGAGAAUCAUACACUCAAAAUGAAGUUAUCAGAUGCAUUCAUAUUGGUUUACUGUGUGUCCAAGAAGAUCCAGCAGAUAGACCUACGAUGGCAUCAGUAAUUCUUAUGCUUGAUAGUUUUUCUGUUACUCUACCGGUACCUAACGAGCCUGCAUUUUUUCUACACACUGGAACUGGUCCAAACAUGCCAAACGGGAUGCAAAUUGGUCAGUCUCCUAACAAUUCAACAAGAAAGUCCAUCAAUGAGAUGUCAGUGAGUGAAAUAGAUCCUCGAUAGGCACGAAAAUGCGAGGUUUUAAAGAUAAAUGUAUCCGUUCUACUUGAUUGUGAGUCC